UUGUACUACGAUGGAUCUUCAAAAUGUAGAACGUGAAAAGAAUGAAAAAGUGAAGGUUGUCAACCAAGUUAAACACAUCCCAAAAGAUGCCCAAGUCAUGAUGUCCAUCCUGAAAGAACUCGGAGUCAAUGACUACGAGCCACGGGUCAUCAAUCAGCUGUUGGAAUUCACAUAUCGAUAUGUAACUUGCGUCUUGGAUGAUGCCAAGAUAUACGCUAACCAUGCGCGAAAGAAGGUUAUCGAGCUGGAUGAUGUGAAACUAGCCACACAAAUGAUUCUCGACAAAGCAUUCACAUCGCCACCACAGCGAGAUGUGCUGCUGGAGAUUGCUCGUACCCGAAACGCUACCCCAUUGCCGUUAAUUAAGACGCACUGCGGAUUGCGUCUUCCACCAGACCGUUACUGUCUAUCCGCGUGCAACUACAAGCUGCGUGCUGCGCAACAACCGAAGCGGAUGAACAAAUCCGCUCUGGAGGGACGCUCAACGUUGAAAUCGAGUAAAUCUGCCGGCGGUGCAGGCUCGGAUGGUACUGGCACUGGCGUCAAGAGGCCCUCGGUUCAGUCGACGCCGAAAACACAGGUAGUGAGUAUUCCGAAACCAGUGUUUAAAUUCAGCACGGCACCAAAAACGGCUCCAGCAGCUACAAAAACUAUUAAAACAACGAUCACAUCAACUGCUUUGGGUGGCAGCAAUGGAGCUGCACCCGCUGGUAACGUGAGUAUCGUCGGCAGUACUGACAUAAAAAUGGAAACCGAUGACCAGUUCGGCGAAGUGAACAGCAACAAACGUAAGCGUGAAGAAGAUGAUUUCGAAAUAGUAGAAUAAAUAGACGU